AUGCUUGAACGUACAACGGGAUCUCUCGAGAACGCGGGACGACGUUUCCUUCGAGAUUCCAAUGGUGUGAUCCAAAACCGACGCUGUUUAUCUGAUCAUUUCUGGAAGCACAAUGGCGCUAGAGCGGAUGCUCCUCAGUGGUUUAUCGCGCUUUUGCAGGCGUCAGGCCAACGACCGUCCCCCGUUCUUAGCACCCAACACGAAAGCAGAGAGUCAAGCGACGAGAUAGGGCCAUUGUUCGAAUUUUUAUACCCUCGGCAGGCUCAACUGGGAGCUUCGCGUCUGUCUCGCUCCCAGAAUAAGACGGGAUUUCAGAGGAGGUCACACCUAGGCUUUUCAAGAUCUUAUGUUUCCAUUUCAAGUCUUCGCCAGGCUACAUCAGCGGCUUCACUCAGCCACGAAGAUGCAUCCAAUCUGGCCCUAGAGCCUCAGGACUCGGAAUAUCCCCAUAACGACGGGAAAGCGGACGCAUCCCUCCAGGCUUUCCUUCGGAAGAAUGGCAGCGAAUUUGAUAAAGCUUGGGUGCUGUACGUCGCAGCCGGGUACCCGCCGAAACUCAAGCCUGCACUCUGUGCUUAUAUGAGUAAAUCGUCGAAAGAAAAGGAACGAAAACGUGCAUGGGCACUCUUCAACGAAAUUGCACCUGAAGAUCGCACCGAGAUAGACUUCAAGAACAUUUUAAGAUCUCAGCUGCUUUCGUUGCCCGCUCAAAAACCAUUUCAUUUGGACUCAAUUUGUCAACAAGCUAUUUACACGCCAUUUGCCCAGGAUAUCAUCUCGCUAGGCCUGGUGCACAUGGUGGAAAACAGACAGUGGACCAAAAUUGCUUUACUCUGGAGGUCCCUACUGGAGAUCCCUGAAAACGAGCGACCGACAUUGGACUCUUUGCUAGAUCGAUUUGAUCGAUUUCACUUUCCCGAGCAUUCCCUUUCCAGGCAUCUCCUCGCUUUAAAGGCGCAUCUGCCGACCGAUAUCAACAAUAUUACUGCUGCAAACAAGGUUGCAAUCAUAGACUUUACUCGCCGUCUUGUUGGGCGAUUUUUCAAGUCUCAUGACAUCGUCAAACUCACACCGAUACCAACUGUGCUUUCACUAUUGCACACGUACCAUUCCUUGGGUUUUUUGGGAAAUAAACACUAUUUCGCCGUGAUGAGGACCUUUCUAUCUUCAAAGCCGAGGUCAGAAUUUGUCAAGUGCAUUCUUGUUUAUCGCCAAUUGCGUUUGGAUUUGCCGGAUGCAAGGGUAGAGGCGAAGAUGAUUCGAGCUAUCAUCCAACGUUUGUUGGAAUUUGGGAUGACCGACAGCAUACCAUACUUCUUGGACGAAGAGGCGCACUUUGAUGAAGAUAAAAAGCCAAGCAUUCGCUCAUAUGAUGAUGCAAUGGGGGCCUUCUCCAAGAUCGGGGAUGUGCAAACUGUCCAACGCCUAUUUGAUAGGUUCCUAGCAGAUCAUGGCCGCCCGAAGAGCUCAAGAUCGGUGACUCCCCUUCUUGCCGUUCACGCGCGGCUAGGUGAUGUGUGCGAGACACGGCGGCAAUUCGGUCGAAUUCCGACAGAGUUUGGUCUUCCGCUAAACACAAUUUGCUGGAAUAUACUGCUCCUGGCGUAUACUACCGCCGGUGAUUUAUCAGGUGCUAUGUCUACCUUCUCGGAAAUGCGAGAACACCGUGUACCUCCUGACUCGUACACAUUUGGCACACUGAUGGGGAUUUUCGCCCAGCGAGGCGACGUCGAAGCUAUCCGUCAAUUGCUCAAAGAGGCACAGGCGAGUGGGGUACAAAUCACAAGGCCAAUGCUUGAUACGGCUGUUCAGGCGUAUUGCAAAAAUGGACAAUUGGGCUACGCUGAAGAGCUUGUCGAAAGCAGCUGGGAUUUAGCGGUGGGAGGGUCUCCCUUGCGAAUGUGGAAUUUUCUUCUAAUGCGGUAUGCAUUCAGGGUAUCCAAGUUUUCCUUCCGGCGCAUCCUUGACCGCAUGGGACAGCUAGGAUUGAAACCGGAUGACAUGACUUAUGCGGCUAUUAUGCUUGCUUAUGUUUAUGCCAUGCAAGUUGAUCGUGCGCGGGCUACUCUCAGGAAGAUGCACGAUGCUGGUUUUGAACCUACCCAGUAUCAUUAUUCUAUUCUCUUGCUUGGAUAUGUGAAGCAACGGAAUCGCGACAUGGUGCACGUUAUCUCCCGCGAAAUGCAAGCACGCUUCGGUCAAGUCGGAAUGGAAGGGAGCCUGUUGAACCUGAGAAUGCAGAUUGCGAGAGACGCGGAAAACGCAGGAGAUCUUCACACUCCCGUUGAAGAUAUCGUCUUGGAAAAUGCAGAAAAGACCCUUUCUGAAUCAAUCGCAAAUUUCAAUGCCAAUCCAUCGCCUGUCAAAACUCGAUUAUCCAACACUCGAUUAUCUAGUCCGCUAGAGGGAUUUGCUGUUGAGUCUUUCACAGCCACGCACUAUCAACGGUUGGUCGAGGCAUACGGCAUCCAAGGUGCCGCCGAAAAGGCACUCCAAACUUUCUCUCAUUAUAUGCAAGUCAGACGAACUGCAGGGUCACCGGACGGUGAUGAUUUAGAAUCCUUACCGGUUGACUUCAUCAAAGCCAUCAUGAACGCCUAUCUAAAAACCCACAAGUAUGAGAAAGUGGAAGAGUGCUGGAAUAGUAUUAUGGCAAGUGUAAGCAAGAAAGCUGGCACCUCUGACCUUGAAAAAUUCUUCUCUGAACGGUCGCCGAUGUCAACGCUGCCAGCGCCAGCCGAGUCUCCUCUCCCAUCAGUGCUCUCAUUACCCACCACUCAAGCAGAGAAGCCCAAAAUACUUCAUGCCCAACGCUUCAUCCUGGACUUUCCACUUUCGCUUUACAUACAGUCGUUGGCUCGCCGAGGCAUGUUCGAGAGAAUACAUCAAGUUGUGGCCGACAUCCAGGAAAUGGGCUUUGCAUUGACUGGUUUCAACUGGUCAACUUACGUUAGGAUGCUUGCGAUAUCUGAUAAUUAUCCCGACAAUGUGCAGGCAUUUCGACUGUUUGAGGAGAAGUUCAUUGCUCAUUUCCCUGGUUGGUCGUGGUUUCUUAAGGGAUACGGCGUGAGACCGCUCAAUGCCCCCGUGACCAUCCUCCAUCUCGAAGGUCGUUCCGGCAUUACCAAACCCCGCAGGAUGAUGGGAAAAUUGGCCCGAAAACAUUGGCGCAAAAUUGAGCCCGACUAUAUGCAUCCUCAUUACCCCACCAUGGUGCAACUAGCCAGCACACUGCAACGGCUUCGGCAAACAAGUAUCACGGAGGGGAAUGAGCACCUGGCGAAUCUCUACGAAAUUGCGCCACAGACGGUUGAUGCUCUUGCCACGAUGCCCUACGUGCGUGACAAACAUCAGGGUACAAUCCUUCGCGGCAAAGAGGCAAAAAGUGAUAUUCUCCCACGCCCAACCCACCUGUUUUCCACACACUCAGGUGCUCUUGGCCCUGUCCUUGGCCCCCACAGAGCACAAGAGCGCACCUUUGAUGACGCGAGUCAGGAGCCUUUCGAAUUGAAAAAAGAUCAAUACCCCGAACCUUCCGGCAACGAGUCCAGUCUUACUGGAUUGCUCUCCAGUGAACAACUGGGAGAGUUCGGUUCUUUGUCAGAGAUCCUUCCUCGCGAGGACCGAAUUGACCUGGAAACCUCGUUUCACGAUCAUUACAAUGUUACAAGGCAGUGGAAGGAGAAAGCCGAGCACUACAAGGAGCUUAUCGCUAAGGCGCUCAAAGACAAGGAUACCGUGCGCGCCGACGCCUACAAACGACGUUUGCGCAAGUUACAGGAUACCAACAUCAAGAGGCAGACUCCCGAGCGGCAGCUGUUCGACAAGGAUAAUCGCAAGUACAAGUUGGAUACCCCAAUCCACUCUCUCUUCAAACCCGUCGCUGGACUCCAUGUGAAACCCGGGCGGACAGUGCAGGAGCGAAAAUCCGAGCGAAAAAGAUACAAGGGACCCUGGACACCCAGGGAAGAACAGAACAACGACUCUUGA